AUGUUGAAAAGAGCCGCCUCGAUUCAAAAAGUUGUUAGACUAUCGUCUGGACUCACUCCGCAGUAUACUGCCGAAAAGUACUCCGUUCAACGCGGCGACUAUGGAAAACUCAGCUCCGAUGAUCAGAACUAUCUCCUCUCCCUCGUAAACGGAAAAGGUCUCGUCGGUGAAAAAGAGCUAGAAGGCUACAACGUCGACUGGAUGCGAAUCGUUCGUGGGAAAAGCGAGCUGAUGUUGAAGCCAGAAACAACGCAACAAGUCUCCUCUAUCCUAAAAUUCUGCCACUCAAGAAACAUCGCAGUCGUUCCUCAAGGUGGAAACACCGGUCUCGUCGGCGGCUCUGUUCCUGUCUUCGAUGAAGUCAUCCUGAACACGUCAUUGAUGAACAAAGUCGAGGAAAUUGACCCCGUCUCUGGCGUUGUCGUUGCACAAGCAGGAUGCAUCCUCGACCAGCUAAAUGCGGAAUUGGCCCCGCACAAGCUCAUGAUGCCGCUGGAUCUCGGCGCAAAGGGAAGUUGCCAGCUUGGAGGAAAUAUUGCUACGAAUGCGGGUGGAUUAAGACUUUUGAGAUAUGGAAGUUUGCGCGGGAAUGUUCUUGGAAUGGAGGCAGUGUUAGCUGAUGGAACAGUUGUCGAUUGCAUGCAAACUCUGCGAAAAGACAACACUGGUUACGAUAUCAAACAACACUUCAUCGGCUCCGAAGGAACCCUUGGAAUCAUCACAAAAGCAUCAGUUCUAUGCGCUCCUCUUCCAUCUUCCGUGAACCUGGCCUACCUAUCCGUCAAUGCAUUCGAGGAUGUUCGAAAGUUAUUUUCCCGUGCUCGAGAAGAUCUUGGCGAAAUUCUCUCUGCCUUUGAAUUCAUCGACAAUUCCUGCCUCGUCUGCCUUGAAGACAAUUUGAAGUUAACGCCUCCUGUUGACCCAAGUCCCUUCGCAGUCGUUAUUGAAACUCAUGGCUCGAACUCGUCUCACGAUUAUGAUAAACUUGAAGCUUUUCUCGAAAGCGUCAUGUCAGAUGGAACAGUUUUAGAUGGCUGUGUAGCCGAAGAUUCCAUGAAAGCUACAAAUCUGUGGGGCCUGAGGGAGAGAAUGGCAGAAUCUCUCAUGCAUGAUGGCUAUGUCUACAAGUACGAUGUUUCUAUCCCUCUUCAAAAGUUCUAUGAGCUUGUUACAGUAAUGCGUGAACGUCUCGGAGAAAAAGUAUUGAGAUGCGUUGGAUAUGGUCAUGUUGGAGAUUCAAAUCUUCAUAUUAAUAUAACUACGCCAGCGUAUUCAAAAGAAGUUGACCAGCUUAUUGAACCGUUUAUCUUUGAAUGGGUGAGCCAAGUUAAUGGAUCGGUAUCCGCUGAGCAUGGAAUCGGAUUCAAGAAAACGCAGUUCCUUCACCUCUCAAAGUCGCCAGAAGCCAUCGCACAAAUGAAACUCCUGAAAAAUGCAAUGGAUCCCAAAAAUAUUCUCAAUCCCUACAAAGUUCUUCCACUUAUUUGA